AUGGCAGAUUCAAGCAACUCGCAUCGCGCUAGCCUGCUCGAACCGUUCCCUCUAAGCCGCUCUGUUGUAUUAUUCGCAUUAUGUUUGUGCACGGCGUAUUGUCACGGAGCGGCCCUUGGCGCCGAAUCGCCGGUGAUCCCGGCAAAUGAAAUGGCUCAACAUGACGAUGUCCGCGCUGCAAUACUACCUGGCAGUAGCGGAUUGGACGGAGGUUUUCAAAUGGAAGAAGCCCUCUUAGUUGCUUCAGUAAGAGCUGCCAGGAAAUUUCUCAGCAUUCUGAAUCCUCUAAACUGGCUUCUCUACUUGGUGGGCGCUGAAGAUGAUCGCUUGGCUCCCGGGUCUUUCUGUAAUCCUGCUGCUCAUUUGGAUCACGAGUGCACUACGCUGUUCGACCACAUCGUCGUCGGCUGCGGAGCCACAGGUUGCCCGCUCGCGCGUACACUCUCCGAGGGAGGCAAGCGGGUGCUUUUAAUAGAGAGGGGGAAAGAGAGGAGCUUCUCAAGGACUCCAAACGCAAUGACAAUCAACGGUGCAGGACGGGCCAUCCAAGAUGAGGACAUCAGCCAGGCUAUCGUCACUACUCAGGGCAUACGAACUAACACUGCUAACAUCAUGGGUGGUGGGACGAGUAUCAACAUGGCCAUUGUCAUUGAGGAGGAGAAAGAAUUUUUUGAGUAUCUGAAUCAAGCCUACGGCUACAACUGGAAGAUGGACCGUGUUGCUGAAGCAUACGAGUGGCUCAGUCGGCAGAACUAUUUUCCAAUGCCACAGGAUGCGCGUUUCGGAACUGCGUGGACAAAGGCCCUCCUUAGCCGCGGCUACACUCCUUGGACUCCUGCAGGGCGCGCUUACACAGGCGGGCCAUUACCCACAGGAUAUCGGUUUCGCAUGGGAUACAUUUGGGGUGGCGGUUCUUUUUUCAACCAUGAUGAAGGCGACUUCAGAAUGGCCAGCGACACGUUGCUCGGUCCGGACAAAGGCAAGGUGCGCAACGCGAAUCUCACGGUUCUCACGGAGCACGCUGUCCAGCGGGUGCGGUUUGACGCAAGUGGCGCCGUGCCACGAGCUGUCUGCAUCGACUACCGGAAGACAGCGUUUGAGGAUCAGCAAACUCUCGGCACAAUGAAUACAAUCUCCACAGGGUUCAUUGGCUGGAAAGCUCAGGCGUACUACCUGCUGAAGCGCGCCAAAGCAGCCUUGAUGUUCUACUCCAAGACGGAUCCCGAGGAAUCAAAGAUAAUAAAGCGCGCAUGUGUAGGGAAAAACGGGGAAAUCACUUUAUCCGCGGGUGCAAUACAUACGCCGCUCUUACUUAUGCGCUCGGGGAUUGGCUCUCGCGAGCAGCUCAAGAAGAUAUCAGUACCACCAGUGAAAGAGCUUCCAGCUGUGGGGAAGAACCUGAGGGAUCGGAUGUUUAUUCCUAUCAAUUUAUUUACUGUCGAGAAGAACUCAUCCCCAGCCUACCACCCAUCGAGAAUUUGUGAGGCAACUGGUGUUGCGAAGCUGGGGCCUGACUGCGACGACUUCAAGAUUGGGGACCGGUCGCUCAAAUGCACUUUGGCGGUUGCUGAAGAAUUGUACGGCGGCAACAUCACCGAGGGUGUGAUCUUGGGUACCCGCUACAUCUUCCCUCCCGCAUUCCGUCAUCAUCCAUUGGUGGACAAGGCCUUUGAGAUCAUGACAUACUGUGCCCGACACCGCCCACUGGUGGAGCACAUGCAUGAUUACCUUCCGAUUUGCGCCACCAUCGAGCCGAUGGUAAACUGCUUCAGACGAGGUAGCGCGCCGUUUUAUUUUACGUCCGAGCCGAAGUCGAGCGGAUACGUCGCGCUUGAUGAACGGGGGGAGGUGGAGGUAGAGCUUAACUACUUGAAGGACGAACAGGAGAUAUUUGAUGCCAUUCGCGGAAUGCAAAACUUGCUGGAGGCUCUUAAGGCUCCGGUGUGGAGGGGAGUCGUUGAGCCAAUCUCCCUUAAAUCCUGCCCUGUCCAAAUCAUGAGCGGGGUAUUAGACCUUGUCGCUCGAGUCGGGCAGGAAGCUAUCGGCGAAAUCUUCCAUGGUCCCGGUCUCCAUGAGAUCCGGCAAAACUUGGAGCUGCUCCUACCCGGUAACCGUACUGUGGUCCCCCUCGACGCACCGCAAGUUUCAGAUGAGGCUGAUGAUGGCAUCGAGAUUUCACAGGAGAACUUCGACAGAUAUGUUAAGGGCUUAGCAGCAAUUCAGGAAAAACAGGAUAAAGUGGAGGCCAUGCUACGACAAACUCAACCACUGCCUACAGCUGGAAGAGUCAAAACAGAGGCAGACACCUCACGUGUUGACUGGAAGAAGAUCUUAUCUGAGCUCCGGAAAGAGUCUCUGGCGCGAGGUGAUGUAAAAAAGAAAGACAAGGAUGUGUGCGAUGCCACUUGCGAUGGGAGCGAGGCACCGCCCCCCCACGGAACUUUGGAAAGCUGCUCCUUCAAGGACCCGUAUCACUUCUACAGCGGCAUGUGUGGCACAGGUUCCAGGGAAGACAGUGAGGGUUCUACGGAGCUGCCCAGCGGCGCAGGAGAACUGUCACCCACUGAGGAUCCCGAGGCCUUUGGCCGAUUCUGGUCGAACAGGUUUCGGCCCGGUUCUAACAGGGACCAAUGGCAAGCCUCUUACCCUCCGAUCUUGCCACGCACGGAUCAUCCAGAGGAAGUCGCAGAGUUUGUCUUUGCGUUCAUGACAAGUCUCUGGCACUUACACGGGACAUCAAAAAUGGGAGAAGUUGUUGACCAAAACUUCAACGUCAUUGGCGUUGACGGCCUGUCAAUCGCCGACGCCUCCGCACUGUCAAAAGUUACCCGGAUGAACCCUACCGCGACACUCGAGAUGAUGGGGCGCUACAUCGGCCUUGGAAAGCUCGACGAGUGGCGGCGUCAAAUGACGUCGAGCUCACCCAGUGAAUUCUUGUCGGAGGUGAUCUAA